UUGGUACAUAAUUUGUGGUGGCGCCACGCGCAUCCGAUAAAGUUUUCGGUGAAAAGGCCUUUUCAAGUUAACAAUCAUCCGGGCAAGAUGGCGGAAGGCACUGCUACUAUCAGAACCAGAAAAUUUGUGACGAACCGGUUAUUAUGCCGAAAACAAAUGGUUGUGGAUGUACUUCAUCCUGGUCAACCGUCAGUACGUAAAACUGACAUCAGAGAGAAGCUUGCCAAGAUGUACAAAGUUACUCCGGAUGUUGUAUUUGUGUUUGGUUUCCAAACUAGCUUUGGUGGUGGCAGAUCAACUGGUUUUGGUUUAAUCUACGAAACUCUUGAUUUUGCCAAGAAAUUCGAGCCCAAACACAGACUCCAAAGGCACGGACUCUUUGAGAAACAAAAACAAACCAGAAAACAAAGAAAAGAACGUAAGAAUAGGAUGAAGAAAGUUAGAGGUACCGGAAAGAGCAAGGUUGGAGCUGCAUCUAAGAAGGCAAGGAAAUAAACGACUAAAUACGUAUAACGUACUACACCCUUCGAAAGAAGAUGGUUUCUUGAUUAAAGAUAUUUUUAAAAUGGUCACAGCAUGUCAUUCAUAUCAUUGGGAUCUUCAGUUACAGCUGCUGUAUUUCAUAGCUUUCAUCAAUUAUUUACAU